UCUUUUUUGCUUGCAGCGGCAAGCACGAGGUUGGCUUUUGCUGCGAAGCAGCACAAUUACUUCAGAAUCAUUGCAGAUUCGUUAUGGAUCAAAAUCUCGGGCAACGGUCAAGCGCUAGACGCCUGCAAAGGUGAGAGCCGCGCAGCGCAGAUGUCGGCCACGGAUCGUUGCAAAGCGUUCGAGCAUGCAGCACGGCAAGAGGCCGCACUCCAAGCGGUGCAAGACGGCACGGAUGCCUCGGACGCCGGCUACAUCGAACGAUUCGUGCGCGUCGCGACGUUGCAAGAACGGCACCGCGCCGCCCAAACGCUCGCCGGCGCUGCCGCGCCCGCACCGCUGCCGCCGCCGCCGCCACCACCGCCUACCAGCGAAAGGCCCUUCUACGAGGCGCGGGCGGAGGCCGCGUACGCGAAACGGCCGCCGACGAGGGGCGAAGAGCCCCUCGUCGACGUGCGCGGCGAGUCGUACCGUCGGGUCCUGCGCGACUGCCCCAUCUUAGCCCGCAGCCAGGCCCAAGCUCUUGCGCGAGCCGCCGCGCGGGGCAUGGUCGGGGCGUUCCGCAACAACGGCAGCACGACGCUCGGCUGCGCCGCGCCGGAAGCCCUUCAAGGUCGUCUGGACGACGAGAGCAUCGCCACGAUCCGCCGCUGCGUCGUCGAGCUGCGGCGGCUCGCCGCCGAGUCGGCGGGCGUCGACGAGCGGCGGCUGGCGCUGUCCGGCGCCUUCCUCGCGCGGCUCCAGCCGCCGGGCGCGUCGUCGCGGCGGCGGGCCCUCGAGUCGAAGCCGCGCUGCUACUGGAACGUGCACGUUGACGAGUACAACGUCGAGACCUACGAGCACACGACGCUGCUCUACCUGUCGGAUCAUGGGAGCGAUUUCACGGGCGGCCGCUUCGUCUUCUACGACGGCGACGGCGUGGACCGCUACCUCGAGCCGUCCGCGGGGACGGUCAUCUGCUUCCGCGGCGACGCGACGAACCUGCACGCCGUCGAGAAGGUAUCUUCUGGGUGCCGUUUUGCGCUGACGGCCCUGUUUCACGCGACAAGUGAUCCCGGGCCGCUCUUCGAGGCCGGAGGCGGCGGCGGCGACCCCUACGCGUCCUGGGACGCGCUGCUGCGGUCCGCGGCCGAGACGUCGCUCAUGGCGCAAGAUCAAAGGCGCCGCGACCUACUGGACGACGCGUCCUCGACGCCCGUCGCCGCGCGCCUCGCGACGGACCUGCGCGGCGACUGGUGCGACGCGCGCGUGGCCUAUGAUGGGGAGGUGGUCUCUGCCACCGGCCCGGCGCCGGAUGCUGUAUUGGUGGACCUCGUCGCGGCGGCGCUGCGGACGGACGACGACGGGGGCGCCUUCGACGUCUUUGGCGAAGAGAGCAGUGACGACGGCGCGCCUCCGCGCCUGCUGACCUACGCCGCCGCUGGUGGAGCGCAUGGUCCGUCAGGCACGCUCUCGUGGCGGCGCGCGCGCUACACUCUAUCGGACGGGGGCGAGGAGGUCGCUUCAUGUGAGUGCGAAGUGACUUUUACGCGUGACGGCGCGCAGAAACGCCUGGUGUUUGGGGGUGAUAUCACCGUGGUCGUCGACGAGCUCGCGGCUACGGCGUCGAAUUCCGGGACGGGCCACGCGCUCUGGCCCGGCGCCGUGGCGCUGACGCUAUUCGUCGUGGGGCGAGAAACACUGACGCGCGCUCGCGUCGUCGAGCUCGGCUGCGGCGCGUGUGCGCUGCCGGGCCGCGCAGCCGCCGCCCUGGGCGGGCGUGUCACGUUGACCGACGGCGCGCCGGCGCUCCUGCCCGUCCUCCGGAAGCUCGACGGCGUCGAGGUUUGUUUGUACAACUUCGCGGGUGGGGGGACUUUCGACGGCCUGGACGCGUCCGCGGAGCCGUCGGAGCCGCCGGCACCGGCGGACCUCGUGCUCGGCGCGGAGAUCGCGUACCGGGCCGCGGACGCCGAGGCGCUGGCUGCGUGUAUCCCGCUCCGUCUUGCGCCCGGCGGCACCGCCGUCCUGUGCUCGGACGAGAAGCGGGCGCCCUUGAAGCUGUGCGGGGAGCUGCUGCGGAAACGCGGCUUUGUCGUCGAGGACUCCGUGCUCGCGCUGACCGUCACGCCGGACGUCGAUGCGGCGGCGACGCAUCGCGUGCGCGUCGUGCGGGCGCGGUGGGGUUCAUCUUCUUCUGGUGUGGGGGCGAGUUAG